UCCAGCUCUCUCGUUAUCAGUUGGUCCAGCGCUUCUAAUACCUGUUCCCUCUCACAUUCGUUGUUGAAGAACACCUUUCUGCUCGAACUCUAUCAGUCACUACUCAUCACCAAAAGUAUCUUUUCGAUCUACACAUACGUCUAUCAAAAUGCGUGGUUUCGGUCUGCUCCUCCUCCCUGUGGUCGCCAAGUUGGCCUCUGCCCAGUACCAAAUCGACCCUGAGAGUGUUCCUGAGGCUACCAGAGAAAUCUGGUGCAGCAACCAGCAGAAUGCUUGCCCUCUGAUCUGUCUUCAAACCUCCGCCAACUCCUCCGAAACCGUCGAGAACGAGUGCGACCCUGCCACCCUCGACUUCUCCUGCAUCUGCGAGAACAACCUCAGCCCUAACGCCUCUGAGUACUCACAGACUAUCCCCUACUACGUCUGCACUCAAUGGGGAACCCAGUGUAUUGCCGGAUGCGGCGGUAACACAGACUGUGAAUACAACUGCAGAGCCCAACACCCUUGCGGUGCUCAAAACCCUACCCGCGUCAACGUAACCACCUCCUCUUCCGCCACAGCCUCUCAGACCGGCGCAUCCUCCACCAACGGCGGCGAGGCCACAAACUCUGCCGGCCAAACCAUCUACAAUGGCCUCGGAGGCAGCGGCGCUGCUGCCACUUCCUCCUCCAGCAGCCAGACUGGUGCAGCCACUGCUCUCCAGCUCGGCCAGGCCUACGGUCUCUUCGCCGUCGCCGCUGGUAUCUUCGGCGGCUUCGCUCUUCUGCUUUAAGGAGGUCCUUGGUGUGCCAUAUUUUGCUUUUCCAUCUUCUUCUUUAUCUCUUUUGCUUUCUAUCACACCACUCUUUUUGUAAUUCAAAGCAUAGCAAGCGCAGCGAUACCUGACCUUUUUACAUUCUCUAUCUCGCAUGAUAUAUGGGUCAAAGCAAAUGGGGGCGGCGCAUGAGUAUGGGUGUUUCUGCUUUCUUUUCUUAAUGCUCACAGGCAUUUAUGGAUUAAUGAAUGAAGGCGUUAAUUGCUUAUUUUUGCUAUAUGGAAUGGAAAUGAUCAUCACUCUCCCCGAAACAGAUUCGAGUUGCGCCACCACUUUUU